UAAGUUAUCAUAAUAGGCAAGUGUUUAUAUGGAAGAUUUUCAUCUCUUCUAUUUCAACUAAGUAGUUAAAUUGUAUUUUAUGUUUAAUAUGAGUAAUAUUGGACAAUUUAAUAACAAAAAUAAUCCAUGGGGUAGAUCGAAUACUUCGCCCAAUAUGGUGAAUCAAGGUUCACUGCAACCUCAAUUAAUGAAUCAAGGGGCUUUAGGUAACAUAGGUACUUCUGGAAUGGUACAAUUUCAACAACAACAUCAACAACAAGUAUUUCAAAAUGCCAUGGGAUUACAACAACAGAACUUAGGAUUAGGAUUACAGCAAAUGGCAAACGCAGCAUCUCUAAAUUCACAAAUUGCUUCAAAUUCAAUUUUUCAACAAGUUGGGGCAGUAACGUAUCCCAAUCCCAGAGGCUUAAAUCCCACAGCUUUUCAAACACAAAACAUUACAGCAGUACCACCUGUACAAAAUAAUACUAACUCUGGAACAAAACAAAGGGUUUUUACUGGAACAGUUACCAAAGUUCAUGAUAAUUUUGGUUUUGUCGAUGAGGACGUAUUUUUUCAAACAAAUGCUUGUGUUAAGGGUUCUAACCCCAUGGUGGGUGAUAGAGUAUUGGUGGAAGCAUCAUAUAAUUCUAGUAUGCCCUUUAAAUGGCAUGCUACUAGAAUACAAGUGUUACCGAUGACAAAUCAAACCCCUACAAGACAUUCAAAUAACUCUAAAAAUUUUUCGAAUACAAGUACAUAUAAUGCCGUCCCUCCUCCAUCAGAUGGAUCAAAUGGAAAUCAUUUUAGUAGAAGUAACAGACCGAAAACAUCUCUCGGGGGCCGUGGAAGGGAACGGUCUAGAGAUAGAGAUAGAGAUGAUGAUGAAGUAGAAAGAAAACGGAGACGUGAGGAGAGAUUAAGAGAAAGAGAAAAAGAAGAAAAAAAAUCCCCAGUGAGGAGACGAUCUCGGUCUCCAAAGUCAAGAAGGCGUUCAAGGAUUGUUCCCAGAUAUAUGGUUCAGGUUCCUAAAAUACCAUUAGAUAUGCCUAAGGGAGAUGUACUUGAGGUUCGUAGAAGAUACAAUAAUCUCUAUAUUCCUUCAGACUUCUUUUAUACCAGCAUCCGUUGGGUAGAUGCAUUUCCACCAGAUAAACAAUUUACCUUAAAUAAACCUUGUUCUUUUCAUAUAAUGAGUAAGGAAAUUGAUGCUGCUACUGAGAAUAAUGCAAUUCUUGAACCACCGGAUGCAGACUAUAUAUUUUCAGCAAAGGUAAUGCUAAUGAGUGUGCCUGGAAUGGAAGAAUUUUAUCAAAAAUGUUGUCCUAUGGCUGAAGAUAAAGACAGACGUGAUAGGGACAGCGAAGACAGAGAUUUUGUUCAUCCAACCAGAUUAAUCAACUUCUUAGUAGGGUUAAGAGGCAAGAAUGAAACCAUGGCAAUUGGUGGACCCUGGAGUCCAUCGUUAGAUGGAGAACAUCCAGAUAAAGAUCCCUCAGUCCUAAUCAAAACAGCCAUUCGAACUUGCAAAGCAUUAACAGGAAUCGAUUUAUCCAAUUGCACUCAAUGGUACCGUUUUGUGGAGCUGUAUUACCGGCGCAGCGAGUCAACCCACAAGGGGAAGGCUGUACCUGCACGUGUUGAGACAGUGGUGCUCUUUCUGCCAGAUGUAUGGAGUUGCUUGCCUACCCGACUGGAGUGGGACAACCUACACCAGACCUACAGGAAGCAGUUGGAACGUAUCUUGAAAGUCGAGCAGGAGGGCAACGAUGAUGCAUCAACGGCUGAUGAAAAGGAAGAAGAAGUACCUUCUGAUAAAUUGGAACCUACUCACUAUUCACAGCUAGAUCCUAAGACUAUGGUUGUUGGGGCUUUAAGGAAUGAACUGAAAGCGAGAAAUAUUAGUUGUAAGGGAUUGAAGUCACAGCUCAUCGCUAGACUUUCAAAGGCAUUGAAAGCAGAAGCGGAGAAAAAUGACGAUAAUAAUAAAGAUAAGGAAGAAUCAGAAUCGGAGAAUGUACAGGAUGACAAGAAAAGUGAAAUAGAAGAAAAGAAAUUGAACGAAAGAGAAAAAGCUCUACUAGAAAAACGUUUCACAUUACCUGAACAACAACACAUAUUGGUGCAUCCUUCGAAAACUGCUAAAUCUGGAAAAUUUGAUUGUACCACAAUGUCCUUGUCACUCUUGUUAGACUACAGGCCGGAAGACACUAAAGAGCAUUCCUUUGAGGUUUCAUUAUUUGCAGAACUUUUUAAUGAGAUGUUAAUGAGAGAUUUUGGCUUUAAUAUAUUCAGAGCUUUACAUGAGUUACCAGAAAGAGUUAAGGAAAAAGAUGACAAGAAAAAGAAAGACGACGAUAAGAAAAAUGACGAAAAGAAAAAGGAAGACGACAGAAAAAAGGAUGACGAAAAGAAAAAGGAUGAUGAUAAGAAGAAAGAUGACGACAAGAAAAAAGAUGAAGAAAAGAAGAAAAAUUCCGAAAAGAAAAAAGAUGAAGAGAAAAAGGAUGAAACUGAAAAAUUGCACGAGGAAGAUAAGAAACUUGAGGAGUCUGAUGAUAAAAAAGAGGAUGACAAGAAAAAGGAUAUGAAAAAGGAAGAGAAAAAGUCUGAUGAAAGUGAAGAUGAGGAUGAGGGUGAUGAAGAUGAAGAGAAAGAGAAGAAAAAGGAUAAAGAGAAAAAGAAAAAAGAACGAGUAAAAUUAUACACUAAAGAUAAACACUUGCUACUAUCUUUUGUAUAUUUUGACCAGACUCACUGUGGUUAUAUCUUUGAUAAAGAUAUAGAGGAUUUGCUUUACACCUUAGGCUUAAAUUUGUCUAGAGCACAAGUCAGGAAACUUGUAAGCAAAGUGGUGACAAGAGAUUCUCUGCAUUAUAGAAAACUUACGGAUAAACCUCGCGACGACGAUUUCAUUGUAAUUGAUGAUUCCGAGAGGGAUGCUAACCUGCACGAAUUAGCAUUAGGUAAUAAACGAUUAUUACCAAUAUGUAUCGAAGAUGAGGCUAUCGCUAAGAAAAGAAGAUUAAACUGUGAUAGCAAAGAAUCUACAGGACUGGAAGAAGGUUUGGUAAUGUUCCGAGGAUCUUUAGUCGAUGUUAGCAAAUUAAUGUCACAGCUUGAAAGAAGUGAAAGGGCGAGAUUAGAAACAGAGGCGAGAAUGGUCGAACUGAAAAAUGAAAAUCAAAAGCUGUCGGAGAAGUAUGCUAGGUCCAAUUCAAGUAUAAAGCAUUUAAAUUCUGAGCUCAAGGAUUAUAAGGAGAAACUACGAAAUACCGAAGAAUCUUUGAGUCGGAUUACUGCAUACUCAAAACUGUUUCAAUCAACUUUAUCAGAUAUUCGUGACAAGAUUGAUCCAGUGUUGAAAAGCACAUCACAUAAGGAAGAAUCUACCUCUUUUAAAAAAGAAAAAGACGAUAAGGAUAAGAAACACGAAGAAAAUAAGUCCAGGUGGGAGAAAGAAAUAAAAAAAGAAUCUGAAGAAGAAUUGGUUGAGGUGAAAAAAGAAAUAUAGUAUAAUGGUGCACUGCAUAUUAUUUUUAUUCAAAUUAAUUAGAUAAUCACAAUUAAUUAUAUAUUAUGUAUAUGUACAAAUUCGUAAAAAAUCUGAAUAAAAACUUUAACAGAUAA